AUGAAGCAUGUUGUCUUCUCCAUGCUGGUUUUGGCUUGCGGAUCGGCUCUUGUGACCAGCACAGCCUCUCAGUUCAACGAGAUGAUUCAGCUCAGCACGAUCACCUACAGCCUGGCUAACUUCACCAACUACGGGUGCCACUGCGGAGCAGGGACUCAAGGCUUUCCUGUAGAUGCCAUUGAUAGGUGUUGCCACAGCCAUGACUGUUGCUUCAACAAGGCGGAGAUGUAUGGCUGCAACCCCAGAGCCCACACCUACAGGUUCUACGCCCAGAGAGAUAAAAUCAAAUGCGUCAAAUCAAGGGAUCGCUGUGAGAAGAUGGUCUGUGAGUGUGACCAGAAAGCUGCCAGUUGCUUCCAGAAACAUCUUUUCACCUACAAUCCUCAAUUCAGAAAUCAUCCAGUGGCCAACUGCAGGGCUCAGCGGCCAUUUUGUUGAAGCACACUUCUUUCAAGAGGUAGAAUCAAUGGCUGUCUCUGUCUCCGUAGGGAUUCUGCUUUUUUCAGUCAUUUGUCUGCAAAAUGGAAACGCCUGGGGAGACCGAAGCUCUCUUCGUAAGAAAUAAGAAAAGCUAAUGAAAUAUGCGCUAAAG